AACUUCGGCGGCGGUUGGGGAGGGCGUUCCUGGCCCAGUCCCUUGUCCCCGUCCUGCUGCUCCCGUCCCUUGUCCCGGUCCCGCUGCUCCUGUCCCGGGCGGACAUGGCGGACGAGGGCGCCGUCACGGUGUGCGUGCGAGUGCGGCCACUCAUCAGCAGAGAAAAUGCCUCAGAUAAAGUGUCCCUGCACUGGAGAAGUGAGAAUAAUACUGUUUCCGACGUGAGUGGUACCAAAACAUUUAGUUACGAUCGUGUCUUUCACUCAAGUGACAACACUCAGCAGCUGUAUGAUGGUGUAGCUCUUCCAAUUAUACAGUCAGCUGUGCGAGGCUAUAAUGGCACAAUUUUUGCUUAUGGACAGACUGCUUCAGGGAAGACUUACACAAUGAUGGGGAAUGAAGAUUCCGUGGGCAUUAUCCCUAAGGCAAUUCAACAUGUGUUCAAAAUUAUUUGUGAGAUUCCAGAUAGAGAAUUCCUGCUAAGGGUUUCAUACAUGGAAAUCUACAAUGAAACAAUUACCGAUUUGCUUUGUGAUAAUAGGAAAAAGAAGCCUCUGGGAAUUCGUGAGGAUGUUAAUAGGAAUACAUAUGUAGAAGAUCUGAUUGAAGAAGUGGUGGUUGCCCCAGAAGAAGUUAUGGAAUGUAUUAGAAAAGGAGAAAAAAAUCGCCAUUAUGGAGAAACAAAAAUGAAUGAACACAGCAGCCGUUCUCACACUAUCUUCAGAAUGAUCAUUGAAAGCAGAGAACGAAGUGACGCUGCAAAUGCAAACUGUGAUGGAGCAAUCAUGGUUUCCCACUUGAACUUGGUAGAUCUGGCAGGCAGUGAAAGAGCUAGUCAAACAGGAUCUGAAGGUGUUCGACUGAAAGAAGGCUGCAAUAUAAAUCGGAGCUUGUUCAUUCUGAGUCAAGUUAUCAAAAAACUUUGUGAUGACCCUUCUGGCUUCAUAAAUUACAGAGACAGCAAGCUGACUCGAAUUCUGCAGAACUCCCUUGGAGGAAAUGCUAAAACAGUUAUUAUUUGUACAAUUACUCCUGUUUCUUUUGAUGAGACAUUGAGCACUCUUCAGUUUGCCAAUACAGCCAAAGGAAUGAAGAAUACACCAAAAGUCAAUGAAGUUCUUGAUGAUGAUGCCCUCCUGAAGAGAUACCGCAAAGAAAUUCUGGAUUUGAAAAAGCAGCUGGAGGAAGUGUCUUCAAAAACUCAGAUUCAUGCAAUGGAAAAGGACCAACUGGCCCAGCUGUUGGAAGAAAAAAAUUCCCUUCAAAAAGUACAGGAGGACAGAAUACGAAACUUAACUGAGAUGCUGGUGACUUCUGCUUCCUUUGCAUCAAAAGAGAAUGUUAAAGUCAGGAAAAACAAAAGAAGACUUACUUGGGCUGCUUGUAAAACAAACCAGGCAAAUGUGGGCUUUCUUGAAGACUUUGAAAAUCCAAUGCCGACUGAAACAAAAAAAAUCAAGGUGUCUCUGCCAGCAGUACCAGAUGUGGAAGAUUCUACCUUAGAGAAUUCUGGGUAUGACAGCCAUUGCCCGAUGGUUCCUGAUCAAAUUUCAGAAGAAGAAUGGAUUGCUGGUCCUAACAUGAAUUGGAAAGACUUUAAAGAAUCUGUGCAACUCUGUGAAGCAUUAGAACUAGAAAAGAAUACUGCUGUAAACGAGAUCAACAUCCUGCAAGCUAACUUUGAUAAUCUAGUGCUGGAAAAUGAGCAGUUGAAGUCAGAAAUAAAUGAACUGAAAGAGAGACUGAAGGAAAAAACAGAAAUAAAUGAAUUUGAAGCACUGGAAAAGCAAACGCAAAAAGAUCAUGAGAUUCAACUAAUGCAUGAAAUUACCAACUUAAAGAAUCUAGUUUCAAAUGCUGAAGUUUACAAUGCGGAACUUGAGGCAGAAAUAAAUUCCAAACUGGAACAGCUGAAAGAGAAAGAGAACAAAAUAAAAAUAUUACAGAAUCGUGUGGAAGAACUACAAAAAGCAGAAGUGGAAAAAAGGGAGACAUCUUUUGCACUGGGAGACUGUGAUAAACUAACUGAAGAAAUUCAGCAGCUGAAUAAAUCCCUCUUAGACAGUGAAGCCAUAGCCUUGGAUGCCAAAAAGGAAUCUGCUUUUCUCAGAAGUGAAAACUUGGAGUUGAAAGAGGAGAUGAAAGAGCUCUUAAAUAACCACAACCAAAUGCAAAAGGAUGUCCAGUUAUAUCAAAGGCAAAUAGAAGCAGGAAAAGCGAGUUACCGAAAAAUGCAAGCUGACUUGCAGAGAGAGCUGCAAUCUUUAUUUCAAGAAAACACAAGACUAACCUCACUGAUGGAGGGUAAAGUUCCAAAAGAUUUGCUUUCUCAUGUGGAGCUGGAAAAAAAGGCAGCUGACUUAAAAGGAGAACUAGAAAAUGCUUUGAAAGAGAAUGUGCUUCUACAGAAACAAGUAAAUGAGCUAUCAGAAUUUCAGUCACUACCAAAUACAGUUGAGAUGCAAAAGAAAGAGAUUCUUGAAAAAUGUGAGGAGUUACACUUAUUAAAAUUGGAAAAUGAAAAGCUGCUUUCUGAAGUAGCUGAUAAUGAAAGGAGACUUAAACAUAUGUCUGAAGAAAUUGAAAAAUCAAAAGACAAUCUCACAGAUUUACAACUGAAAUAUACAAAGUCUGAUGAGGAAUAUGUAGCACUUAAACAGCUCCAUGAAGAAAUUGAACAGAAAUACAUAGCUGCAUCAGAAACCAAUGAACAAAUGAAGCUCCAAAUAGAAUGCCUAUCUAAAGAAGCACAAGAGUCUAAAACAAUUUUGGAUGAAGUGAAAUUAGAGCUCUCUAGCAAAAUGAAAGAACUGGAAGAGAAAGAAGCAGAGCAAAACCAACUUCUUGAGCUAAGAGAAAAUCUUGUUCAGACUCAGCAGAAGUUAAACGAACUGGAACAAUUAAAAGAGGAAGAAAGGAUUAGUCAAGUGAGACUGGAGACCAAAGAUUUGGAGGUCCAGGCAGCCUUGCAGCAGCUUACAGAAUGUCAGGAAGAAAUAAAAAUUCUAACCCAGGAAAGAGAUAACCUGAAGCAAAAAGAGAAGGUUCUGCAAGCUGAGACAGAGCAACUCAGAGAGGAUAUAAAGGACACUGUUUCAAUGAACAUCUUGGCACAUGAAGAUCUGAGAAAUACACAAAAUUCUCUGAAGGAAUCCCAGAAAACUGUCAAGAAGUUGGAAAAAAGUAUUUCUGAAAAAGAAUUUCAGAUUCUGAGUGUUGAAGAGGCACUAGGGAAAACCAUUAAAGAACUCCAAAUACAGAUCACAGAAAUGACAGAAGAAAUGAAAAUCAUCACAUCAGAGAAAGAUCAGCUUGCUGAGGAAAAAUCAGAAAGGAAUAGCUGUAGAGAAAGUGAUCAGCUUCAGGUGCAAAAGGAACAAAUCAUUUUCCUUACACAAGAGAACCGUUCAUUGCAGGAGAAGCUGGACAGUUUGCUUUUGAGAAAGGAGGAGUUUGGGGAAGGAACUUUGAUUCCACAGAUUCAAGGACAAUCUAUGGAGCAAGAGUUAUUUCUUCUGAGAGAAGAGCUGAGCCAGGCACAGCAGAAAUUGCAUGUAAUGGAGGAAGCAAAGGCCAGUGAAUAUCAAGGGGAAUCUGAAAAAAUGGAGAGAACAGAUGUUAUUCCAAAGCCACAUGACUCCCAGGAAGUCAGCAUCCAGACAGAAAGAGAUUAUGAUGAUGAUGAUUUUAAAAUGCAACUGGAAAAUCUCCAGAAUGAGAGAGACCAGCUAAGGGAAAUGCUACAGGAGACAAUUAGCAAGAACUCGGAGAUGCAGGAGGAGUUGAGAUGUACUCGUGAAUCUCUUGGACAGCAUCAGGAGAAGAUUGUGGAGCUGAAAGGAAGUGUUUCAGAGAAGGAAAAUCAGCUCUCAAAGGCGCAAGAGGCAUUGAAGGAAAAAACUGAUGAGCUGCAGCAGAAGCUCUCUGAAGUCACUGAAAACCUGACUCGUGUCUCAGCUGAGUAUGGCGACCUCCUGGCAGAAAAGCAACAAGCAGAAAGGGCAAUGAGUGAGCAGCUUGAGAGAAUCUCUUCACUUACCAAGGAGAAGGAUGAGCUUCAGCACAUGGUAGAGGCUUGUAAAGAAAGGGAAGAACGCUUGUUAAAGGUUCAGAGGCAGUCAGAGAUUUUGAAGGACAGCCUAACAAGCAAGAUCUCAGAAAUGACAGAAGAAAUGAAAAUCAUCACAUCAGAGAGAGAUCAGCUUGCUGAGGAAAAAUCAGAAAGGAGUAGCUGUAGAGAAAGUGAUCAGCUUCAGGUGCAAAAGGAACAAAUCAUUUUCCUUACACAAGAGAACCGUUCAUUGCAGGAGAAGCUGGACAGUUUGCUUUUGAAAAAGGAGGAGUUUGGGGAAGGAACUUUGAUUCCACAGAUUCAAGGACAAUCUAUGGAGCAAGAGUUAUUUCUUCUGAGAGAAGAGCUGAGCCAGGCACAACAGAAAUUGCAUGUAAUGGAGGAAGCAAAGGCCAGUGAAUAUCAAGGGGAAUCUGAAAAAAUGGAGAGAACAGAUGUUAUUCCAAAGCCACAUGACUCCCAGGAAGUCAGCAUCCAGACAGAAAGAGAUGGUGACGAUUUUAAAAUGCAACUGGAAAAUCUCCAGAAUGAGAGAGACCAGCUAAGGGAAAUGCUACAGGAGACAAUUAGCAAGAACUCGGAGAUGCAGGAGGAGCUGAGAUGUACUCAUGAAUCUCUUGGACAGCAUCAGGAGAAGAUUGUGGAGCUGAAAGGAAGUGUUUCAGAGAAGGAAAAUCAGCUCUCAAAGGCGCAAGAGGCAUUGAAGGAAAAAACUGAUGAGCUGCAGCAGAAGCUCUCUGAAGUCACUGAAAACCUGACUCGUGUCUCAGCUGAGUAUGGCGACCUCCUGGCAGAAAAGCAACAAGCAGAAAGGGCAAUGAGUGAGCAGCUUGAGAGAAUCUCUUCACUUACCAAGGAGAAGGAUGAGCUUCAGCACAUGGUAGAGGCUUGUAAAGAAAGGGAAGAACGCUUGUUAAAGGUUCAGAGGCAGUCAGAGAUUUUGAAGGACAGCCUAACAAGCAAGAUCUCAGAAAUGACAGAAGAAAUGAAAAUCAUCACAUCAGAGAGAGAUCAGCUUGCUGAGGAAAAAUCAGAAAAGAAUAGCUGUAGAGAAAGUGAUCAGCUUCAGGUGCAAAGGGAACAAAUCAUUUUCCUUACACAAGAGAACCGUUCAUUGCAGGAGAAGCUGGACAGUUUGCUUUUGAGAAAGGAGGAUUUUGGGGAAGGAACUUUGAUUCCACAGAUUCAAGGACAAUCUAUGGAGCAAGAGUUAUUUCUUCUUAGAGAAGAGCUGAGCCAGGCACAGCAGAAAUUGCAUGUAAUGGAGGAAGCAAAGGCCAGUGAAUAUCAAGGGGAAUCUGAAAAAAUGGAGAGAACAGAUGUUAUUCCAAAGCCACAUGACUCCCAGGAAGUCAGCAUCCAGACAGAAAGAGAUGGUGACGAUUUUAAAAUGCAACUGGAAAAUCUCCAGAAUGAGAGAGACCAGCUAAGGGAAAUGCUACAGGAGACAAUUAGCAAGAACUCGGAGAUGCAGGAGGAGUUGAGAUGUACUCGUGAAUCUCUUGGACAGCAUCAGGAGAAGAUUGUGGAGCUGAAAGGAAGUGUUUCAGAGAAGGAAAAUCAGCUCUCAAAGGCGCAAGAGGCAUUGAAGGAAAAAACUGAUGAGCUGCAGCAGAAGCUCUCUGAAGUCACUGAAAACCUGACUCGUGUCUCAGCUGAGUAUGGCGACCUCCUGGCAGAAAAGCAACAAGCAGAAAGGGCAAUGAGUGAGCAGCUUGAGAGAAUCUCUUCACUUACCAAGGAGAAGGAUGAGCUUCAGCACAUGGUAGAGACUUGUAAAGAAAGGGAAGAACACUUGUUAAAGGUUCAGAGGCAGUCAGAGAUUUUGAAGGACAGCCUAACAAGCAAGCUCUCUGAAGUCACUGAAAACCUGACUCGUGUCUCAGCUGAGUAUGGCGACCUCCUGGCAGAAAAGCAACAAGCAGAAAGGGCAAUGAGUGAGCAGCUUGAGAGAAUCUCUUCACUUACCAAGGAGAAGGAUGAGCUUCAGCACAUGGUAGAGGCUUGUAAAGAAAGGGAAGAACACUUGUUAAAGGUUCAGAGGCAGUCAGAGAUUUUGAAGGACAGCCUAACAAGCAAGCUCUCUGAAGUCACUGAAAACCUGACUCGUGUCUCAGCUGAGUAUGGCGACCUCCUGGCAGAAAAGCAACAAGCAGAAAGGGCAAUGAGUGAGCAGCUUGAGAGAAUCUCUUCACUUACCAAGGAGAAGGAUGAGCUUCAGCACAUGGUAGAGACUUGUAAAGAAAGGGAAGAACGCUUGUUAAAGGUUCAGAGGCAGUCAGGGAUUUUGGAGGACAGCCUAACAAGCAAGAUUCAACAGUUAACUGAGACACUAAAUAGUGUCUCAUGUGAGAAGGACCAGUUAUUAGCUGAAAGAACUAGUUACUCUUUACAAGUUAAAGAACAAAUCUCCUCACUUCAUCAUGAAAAAGAUGAGCUUGAAAAACUUCUUCAGGAUGUCAUGUCUGAGCGGGACCAGCUCAAGACAGAAUUGCAAAGAACUUCUGAGGUGUGUGUUGAAACCAAGGCAAAAUUGGAAGAUGCUUUAGAACAACUGAAGCAGAGAAACCUGAACAAUAUGUCCAUUCAGGUAAACCCAGGAGAUAUUGUAGAGCAGGUGGCCAAUGGCAGCUUGACAGAAAAAACCUUGAAAAUUAAGGAGCUUCUUGAGAAAUUCCCAAGUAUGGGGAAGAGAUAUGAAUGUCUCUCUACAGCGUCUCUUAAGCUAAAGAGUGAACUGAACAGUCAGAAAGCACUGAUAGCUGUGAUACUGCCUCAGCUUACACUGGGGCAGAGUAAACAAGUCAAAAUGCUUCAAACUAAAAAUGAGGAAAUGAACACUCGUCUCCAGAAGUUAUUGACCAAACUGAAGCUUCUGUUCAGCUCAGUUUGCACAAAGAGAAGAGAAUAUCACGCUACUGUUCAUAAAUAUGAAAUGGAAUUGCUUGAGGAAAAGAGAAAACAAGAUCACCUACAGUCCCAGAUUCAGUGUCUCAGGAAGAUGAAUUUGAAGCAGAAUGAAGUAUCAUCUCAAGAGUUAAACAGCUGUGAAGGGCUGCAGAGUUUCUACUUGGAUGCAGAGAGCAUUCUCAAAGAUGUAUCAGAAAUGGAAAAUGAAAUUCUCUGCAUAGAAGCAGACUUAAAACAGGAAGAAAGUGCUAGAAAAGAAACAAUACAGUUCUGGGAAGCUUGUUCAGGAACUCACUGGGAUGCAGAGGAACUGAAAGAAGAACUAAAUAAAGAUAAUGAGAGACUCCUGCAAGUCUUGAAAUUCUGGACUCCUAAAGUAAAGAUACUCCUUGAACUUUGUUCAGAGCUGGAUGCCAGAACUGCUGAUUAUAGUAAAAAUGCUGAUGCUGAAUUAAAACAGAGAAAAGAGAAAAAUGAAGAGUUGCUUCAGGAUCUAAACACUCUAAAAGAAAAACUGGCCCCUGGUGGCUCUGCCAGUCUGGCAUUAGAAGAAGAAAAUUACAGACUUCAUAAUAAAUUAAAGGCUGCAGAACAAGACAAAAAGGCUAUGGAAAUAAAAAUUCAGAAGUUAGAAAAUGUAAUAAAUGAAGUUGGAGAAAGUGUCAAAGAGAGAGAUGACAGGAUAAGCAAGUUACAAGCACAGAUAAGAAUAAGAACAGAGACAAGUGAGCUCAACCAACUGCAAGCCAAACUUAAGGAGAUGGAAAACUGCCUCAAGACUGCCUUAACAGAGAAAAAGAGUCUUCAGGCAAAAUUAGAUAAAGGUGCUGAGCUGUACAAAGAAGAAAUUGAUCAUCUCAAAACACAAUUGGUAAAAAGUGAUCUGGAAAGAAUGAAACAAUCCAACUCCUUUGAAGUGAAACUUACUAAUUAUAAAGCCCUUGCAGAACACCGAGAGCAACAGUUAACAAAGCUAAAAGAAGAACUGAGGAGAGCACACCAAGAGCAAGAUGUUACUGUGCUGAAAGAAGCAGAUCCUCAGCAAUCCCAAAUACCCCUUACUUGUGGUGGUGGCAGUGGCAUUGUGCAGAGCACACAAAUACUUGUUCUAAAAUCUGAACAAGCCAAGCUACAGAAAGAGAACUUGCAGCUGAAGAAACAAAAUGACCUUCUACUGAGUGAUGAACUUGAACUGAAAGAGGAACUCAGGAAAUGGAAAGAGAGAGCACUAAAAUGGAGAGAACGAUCCUCAAGAGAAACUGCUCGAGAGAUAACACCAAAGUCUCCUAAGAAGGCAGUGUCAUAUUUCUUUAAAGAGCAAAUGCCUUCACCCUGUAAGGAAACUGUUUCUCAGGAAACAGUGACUCAGGACCUACCAAAACCUCUGCCUCUGACUUGCCCAACAAAUUUCUUUGAUAAUUCCAACUUGGGUGUGCUAACAGAUACACGACCUGAGGGCACAGAGUCCACAGAAGAACAUCUUAGGCACUUGUUUGGGACUUCAGACAGAGAUAAAGCCCCUGAUUGCAGCACCCAGUAAAAAUGCUCUGCUGUAAGCUGCCCUUACAGUGCCUACAGCCAGGAUCUGCAUAUACAAAGAAAAUUGCUUCAGGUUAAACACCAUCAGCCUCUUCCAGCUUUGCUGUCUUGGAGCUUCUGCUUCCCACAACUGGGAAAUCUGAAAUAUGAGGGCGAAGUUGGAAAACCAGAUGUUGCCCCACAGACUGCUAAUCUGCUGAUAUUCUACUUUGGUGUUUUGAUGUGGACUUUUUUUGAUGGCAAAGAGAGGCUAAUGUAUUGAAGGAAAAAAAGGAAAAGAGAAUGGAUCACAAACUAAUCUACUGUGAAAAAUCUCAGUCUCAAACUUCUCAAUCUGUCAUUCCUAAAACAGUCCUUUUCUGGGGUGUUGAUGUUUCUGUCUUCAGAGUGCUGUUGACUUGGCAAGAAAUAUUCUUAUUGCUUCUUAGCAUGCGGUUUUUGUACCAUACUUUCGUUAGGCCGACAGAAAUUGCAUUUUCACCACAAUCUUGACUUCUUGGACACUGCAACUGAAGUUACUGAUCUUGUGUUUGUAGAGCACACAAUCAAGGGUUCCUCUUAAACGCCUUAAAAGUUUCUGCAGCUCAACCAAUUAUGGCACUGUGAGUAAUUUUGAGUCUUGCAUCAUUUUUCAAUAUGCCUGUCUGAAGUUGUGUAUUGGAUUUUUUUUUUUAAACAGUAAGCAAUGGACUUUGCACUCUUCUGCUUCUCUAGUGCAGGGAAAACAAACCUGAUCUUUGGGGCAAGAUGGACUCUUAUUAACCUACUUAUCUGUAUUGUGAGACCUACAUUUUGUAUGUUUUAUGUAAGGAAUUUUAACUUGACAAUAAAAUUUAUUGUGUUAAAUAUGUUAAAA